AUGGAGCACGCACUGCUGCAGGUGGUGCACCUCCAUCCACCGAAGACACUCCUCCGGUACGACUCCGCGGCGCACAAGGAGAAGCUGAAACUCCAACCACACCCGUAUGCUGCAAGUUCCUGCGAAGACUGCGAGACCGUUGCUACGGAUGGGCAGGUGGCGGCGUACACUGAUCUGCUCGACUUCAUCACCGGCGCACAGCAGGAGUGCUAUGCGCUCUUUGGCGAAGAUGAUACGCGGUGGUCUGUCGACGACCGCGCUGAAGAAGAGUGCUCUGCUGGCACACUUGAUAGCGGCAGUGUCCGCGUGAACUCCAGCGAGUGGAGCGAGGGGGACGGCGACGAUGCUCAUGGAGUCAGUGAUGCACCCCGAAAGCGUAAGCGGCCGCAUGCUGAGUGA